AUGUAUACUUUUUCUGCAAGGUUUCCCGUACUAAUCUCAUGUGGCAGGCUUGUUUUGGGAAGGAAUUGUUACCGAUCAUUGACAGAUAAAGCUGAAUCAGUGGUAUCGACGACAACCACAUCUAAGAUUUCAACUUCUUUCGUCAAAAACAUAUUUCUGGGCAAAGGAGUUUUCGAUAAUGUAGUGCCAUAUCCAGUUAAUUUAUCCAAUGAAAGGCGAGAAAUGAUUCACUUGAUUUUGGAACCUACAAGAAAGUUUAUGGAGGAAGUUAACAAUCCAACGGAAAAUGACGAGAAGGAAGAAAUUCCGAUGGAAAUUCUGUCAAAAUUUGCUGAAAUCGGUGCAUUUGGUGCUCUGAUACCGGAAGAAUAUAAUGGUGCAGGUCUGAAUAAUACUCAGUUGGCAUGUAUAGCAGAGGUUAUUGGUGAAUCAGAUUUGUCGUUAGCUGUCGUUUUAGGUGCUCAUCAGUCUAUUGGUUACAAAGGAAUUUUGCUUUAUGGUACCGUUGAACAGAAGCGUAAAUAUUUACCAGAUCUAGCUACAGGUCGGAAGUUCGCUGCUUUUUGUUUGACAGAAUCAGGCACCGGAUCUGAUGCAAAUUCGGUACAAACUUAUGCAGAGAAAAGUAGCGAUGGCAAGUAUUAUAUUUUGAAUGGUGGCAAAUUGUGGAUCAGUAAUGGUUCAUUCGCUGAUGUGUUCACCGUCUUUGCGCGGACGCAAGUAAAAGAUAAGGAUGGGACAUCAAAAAGCAAGAUAUCAGCAUUUAUAGUUGAGCGUAAUCAUGGCGGUAUUACAACGAGUGCUCCCGAAAAGAAAAUGGGUAUUAAAGGUUCGAAAACUGUUGAAGUGCAUUUCGAUAACACGAAAGUUCCUGUUGAUAAUUUGCUUGGUGUUGAAGGUGAAGGCUUUAAAUUAGCCAUGAAUAUCUUGAAUAAUGGCCGUUUCGGCAUACCUGCUGUAUGCACCGGUUCUAUGAAAUUUUGCAUUCAAAAAACGAUAGCCCAUAUCUCUGAAAGAGCGCAGUUCGGGAGAAAACUGAAAGAGUUUGGAAAUGUUCAAGAACAGCUGACUGAUAUGGUUCUUCGUCACUAUGCUACAGAAAGCCUUGUGUACAUGUUGUCAGCAUCAAUGGAUAGAGGCAUAAUGGAUUAUGAACUGGAAGCCGCUGUGGGGAAAAUCAUGGCUUCAGAAAAUGCGUGGAUUGUAUGUGAUCGUGCCAUUCAACUUCAUGGCGGCAUGGGUUAUAUGAAAGAAUGUGGCCUGGAGAGGAUGAUGCGUGAUUUAAGGAUCUUUCGUAUUUUCGAAGGUGCUAAUGACGUUUUGCGCUUAUUUAUUGCAUUAACUGGGUUACAGUAUGCAAGCAAGCACAUGCAAUCCAAAAUGGAAAAACCAUGGUCUGGAAGCAUUAGUCUACUUUUCGAAUCCGUUUUCCCACGCAAGUUCGAUUUCCAGUGCCAUCCGAGCUUAAACCAUUCUGUUACUCAACUGAAGAAAUCGGUGCAUAGAUUUGGGAAUAUUGCAAGAUUUCUUCUUUGGAAACAUAAGAAAGGGAUAAUUGAAAGACAGUGGGAAUUGAUACGAAUGGCGGAUGCAGCAAUUGAUAUUUAUAGUGUAGUAGCGGUGUUGUCACGAUGUAACCAUGCUGCAAACCAACAGUCUUCCUUUGAAUAUGAGCGGAAAUUAGCCGAACUUUAUACGCUGAAGGCAUGUGAACAUGUUCGCAUCUUGUUGGAAGACAUUUUAAAACGAACUGAAGAUUCAGAUCGAAUAAAAGCUAUUUCGAGUGACAUUUUCAAAGCAGGCUCAAUGCUUUCAUUACAUCCCAUUGAUUACUGA